AUGUCUGAGUCAAAAGAAGCACUCAUUGAAAUGGUAGAAGGAGAUAAGAUAGUUGAACUGGGACUCUUUUUCAGGAUUGGACAAUAUAAAGCUUUUCAGCUAAAUGAUAACAUUAAAAGUGUGGCCCUUAGAUCCUAUGGAGAAAAUGAAAAUAGCCUGCAUUUAACUUUCCAAAAUAAUAGCUUAUUGUGUAUUGAAAGAUUAUCCUCCCAUGAUGCUGAACAGUUGAAGAUAUUCCUGGAUAAAGUCCAUCAAAACAAGCUUCCACCACUCAUGAGACCUGAUAAGGAUGGGGAUGUCUUUGCUAACACAGCAACACAGAAGGAAAUCAAUAAAACUUCAUAUCACGAAGACUGUGGGAAAUCAAGUAGAGGAUCUUUUGAGACACCAAAAGGAAGUAGUACAACAGCUGCUCUUUAUAAGAUGCUUUUGCAUACCUCAGAAUUAUCAACACAUAUUUGCAGAGAGUUAUCAGAAAAUAGACAUGGGAAGAGGAAAAGAAUGCUAUUGUCUAGUUCAGAGAUGAAUGAGAAUUCCCAGAAAGAAAAAUACUUCACAGAAAACAUGAAAUACAAAGCAAAUGCCUUGAGGUAUAUAAGCCACAAAUGGAAGAAAAAAUGGAAGUUAAAAGAGUUAGAAGAGAAUAAGAAAUUGGAAUUUGGAUCUUCAUUUAUGACCAAAUCUACUGGGAAUCCUUACCUAGAUGGCACUGGUCUUCUCCAAACUCUCAUUAAGAAAAUACUUGUGACAUUUCUGUUAGAAUCAAAGUAUACUGAAGAUGACAAAGACUGGGAAGAAUUCAUGUUAUCAUUUUUCGUUGACCCAGGAAAACCAUGGAAAGGCUUCCCCAAUCUGGGAAACACUUGUUAUAUGAAUGCAGUUUUACAGUCUUUAUUUUCUAUUCCAUCAUUUGCUGCUGAUUUACUUAAUCAGGAUUUCCCAUGGGCUGAAAUUCCCUUUGAUGCUGUUGCUAUGUGCUUGGCACAGCUGCUUGUUUUGAAAGAUAUUUAUAACAUAAGAAUCAAGAAGAAGUUACUUGUGAAUAUUAAAAAAUCCAUUUCAGCAGUCGCAGAGAUAUUCUCUGACGACAAACAGAAUGAUGCUCAUGAGUUUUUAGGUGAAUGUUUAGAUCAACUGAAAGAUAACAUGAAAAAAUUAAACACAAUUUGGAAGACUAAAAGUGAAUCUGGGGAAGAAAAUUCACCUCAACAGGUGUUUGUUUGUGAUGCUGCCACCAAAAGAUUCUUUUGUCCUGUCAUCACUAAUUUUGAGUCUGAGUUACUAUGCUCUAUUACUUGUAAAGCUUGUGGUCAGGUUGUUUUCAAGACAGAGCCAAAUAAUUUUCUCUCCAUCAAUCUUCCACGUGGAAUGGAAGAACUUCCUCUGUCUAUUCAAUCUACUUUUGAUCAUUUCUUUAAAACAGAACAUCUUGAGUAUAAGUGUGAAAUGUGUAAGCACAAGUAUUCUUUUACAGUGUCCAAAUUCAGUAGGCUACCUAGAGUCCUGAUUGUUCAUCUGAAACGCUAUAUGUUUAAUGAAUUUUGGUCAUUAAGGAAGGAUGACCAGGAAGUCAUUAUUUCCAAAUAUUUAAAUGUGUCUUCUCAUUGCAAUGAAAGCACAAAACCACCUCUUCCCUUGAGCAUCAAUGCCCAGACUAGGGAUUUCCAAUUAUUAAAACAUAUUCAGGAGAUUAUUUCUGAAACCAUCAGCUCAUCAAUACCUUCAACCAAGGAUUCCUUGGGUCUACACAUUGGAUUGAACAGGGAGUCUGAAAAACAAAAAUGCCAAAAAGUCUUUAAGGGGGCAAGCAGAGAACAACAGCAAAAAUACCUGGAAAUAAAUUCUAAACUAAAUAAAAUAGAGCCAGGAGAUGGAGCACUCACUGAAAAAGAGCUCUCAGCUCCCUCAGUGACGUAUCUGGAAGACACCUCUCUGUCUCUGAUUCACAAAGAUGGAGGUAAACCCACCAGCAGUUCAGACACAUGUCUUUCAGAAGUUCAUCUUCAAGAAAUGCCUGAAAGUCCAAGAAUAGAGAAAUAUGUGAAAAGCAAUAUAUUUGUAGAUUUUGAUACGGUCACUGAGCAUACUGAAGAUUUUCCUAAAGAUAAAAAUUGUAGAAUUCCAGAAGUAUUCCAAAAAGGGGCUGAACAGACUCAGCAGUGUGAUGGUAUGAGAAUCUACGAACAAGCCCCUCACCAGGCACCGUCUCAAAGCUUUCCAAAGCCAGAUGCCCAGGGGCACACAGAGAACUUCAGAAGAUCUACAAAAUUAAAUGUUCAGGAGGCUAACAGGAAUCCUCUGUGUUCAUUGGGUUCCAGUAAGAACCCUGGAAACAAAGACAUUUUAGAUAAGAUGAAAUCUAAAACCAAGAAACCAAAAGGAAAUGUUGAAAAGGAGCAUCUUCAUACCUAUCAGAUCAUUGGUGUUGUCAGCCAUCUUGGGAAUACCCCAUAUUCAGGCCAUUAUAUCAGCGAUGCCUACAACUUUGAGAAGCAGACCUGGUUCACUUACAAUGAUAUGCAGGUGUCAAAUAUCCAAGAGGAGGCGAUGCUGGAGGCUAGGCUUUGCACUGGGUAUAUCUUCUUUUACAUGCAUAAUGAGAUCUUUGAAGAGCUGUUAAAAAAAGAAGACAACUCCCAGCUUUGA